AUGGAUUCUCAAGCACAAACUUUCCACCAGCGCUCAGUGUCUAUCAAACUAUGGCCCCCGAGCCAGAGCACCAGGAUACUGCUUGUAGAACGAAUGACCAAGAAUUUCAUCACUCCAUCCUUUUUGUCUAGAAAGUAUGGUCUGCUCAGUAAAGAAGAGGCCGAGGAGGAUGCCAGGCAAAUAGAAAAUAUAGCUUUUGCAGCUGCUGACCAACAUUUUGAGAAGGAACCAUAUGGUGAUGGAAGUUCGGCAGUUCAAAUUUAUGCUAAAGAGUCCAGUAAGCUUAUGCUGGAAGUUCUCAAAAGAGGGCCCAAAGUAAAGGAAGACGGAGAGGUGAUGCAAUAUGAGAAAGAUACUGCUACUCAUGGAAGUGUCUUUGAUAUAUCUGGGAGUCGCCGGUCCUUUAUUGAUGCUGAGGAGGCCGUGGAACUGUUAAAACCAUUAAGGGAUCACGAAAAAUUGUAUACCAAGAUAUGUUUUAGCAAUAGAAGCUUUGGUCUGGAUGCAGCCCAUGUUGCUGAGCCAAUCUUAACAUCUAUCAAAGAUCAAUUGAAAGAAGUAGACCUGUCAGAUAUUAUUGCAGGAAGGUCAGAAACAGAAGCUCUUCAAGUCAUGAAUAUAUUUUCUUCAGCCCUGGAAGGAUGUGUUUUGAGGUAUCUCAAUCUUUCAGACAAUGCCAUGGGUGAAAAGGGUGUAAAUGCAUUUGGGUCACUCCUGAGGUCACAAACUAAUUUAGAGGAACUUUAUUUGAUGAAUGAUGGCAUAUCAGAAGAAGCAGCAAGAGCAGUUUCUAAGUUUAUCCCAUCCACUGAGAAGCUUAGGGUACUUCACUUUCACAACAAUAUGACUGGAGAUGAGGGGGCAAUUGCCAUCUCUGACAUGGUAAAACGUUCACCUCUCUUGGAGGAUUUUCGUUGUUCUUCCACAAGGGUGGGCUCCGAAGGGGGCAUAGCUCUAGCUGAAGCACUUGGGACAUGUUCCCAUCUGAAGAAGCUUGAUUUGCGUGACAACAUGUUUGGAGUACAAUCUGGGAUUGCUCUGAGUAAAUCUCUAUAUGCUUUUGCAGAUCUUACUGAAAUUUACCUGAGUUACCUUAACUUAGAAGAUAAAGGAACAGAAGCCCUUGCCAAUUCUCUCAAAGAGUCUGCACCCUCACUUGAGGUUUUGGAAAUGGCGGGAAAUGACAUUACAGCCAGAUCGGCUGCUGCUUUAGCAACCUGUAUAGCAGCGAAACAAUUCAUUACCAGGUUAAACUUGUCUGAGAAUGAACUGAAGGAUGAAGGUGCGAUUUUGAUCAGCAAAGCAGUUGCAGAGGGUCAUGGUCAGUUAACUGAGGUUGACUUGAACACAAAUUCAAUUAGAAGGGCUGGAGCAAGGGCGUUGGCACAGGCUGUUGUGCACAAACCUGGGUUCAAGUUGCUGAACAUAAAUGCUAAUUUCAUAUCAGAUGAGGGGAUUGAUGAGGUAAGGGAGAUUUUUAAGAAUUCACUGAAUGUGCUUGGGCCUUUGGAUGAGAACGACCCUGAAGGAGAAGAUCUUGAUGAGGAGGCUGAAGAGGACGCUGAUAAUGAGGUUGAUUUGGAAUCAAAGCUUAAGGGCCUUGAAAUCAAGCAAGAAGAGAAUAACUGA